UUUUUUUUUCACUCUUCCUCCUUUUUUUUUUUCUUAGUAUAAAUGUCUGUUCUCCCUCUUAGUCAAGAUUUACUUAGAAAAUGGUUACAACAAGGUAUUGAAAAAGGAUACAUUACUAAUUGUAUUCCUACUUUAAACGGUGAAAACUAUUUAUCAGCAUAUUAUAUUCAACAACAAGUAAUUCAUUAUAUCAACCAAGACAACGGGAGAACCACUUUAACGCGUUUAGCUGAACGCCUCAAUAUCGCUAGGGACUCUUUGGAACCUUACUUGACCAACAGUUUACUUGAAGAACAAGAAUGGAUUUUGAUAGACGAUACCAUUUUAACAAAUUCUUAUUUAAUUGAACUCAAACAAGUGUGUUUUGAUCAAAUACAUGAACAAGGUUAUAUUUCUUUGGUUGCACAAACACAAAGAUCAAGUCUACCUUAUCAAUUCAUACAAAAGAUAUUGGAUACAGAUAUUACUUCACCUUAUAUAAACUAUUCUGAAUUAUCUGAUUUGGUGUUUACUAAAUUAUACGUGGAACAACAAAAGAAUAGAAUCAUCGAAACUUUACAAUCUGCCUUAGAACCUUUAUCUAUGAAUAAACUUCAACAAAAUCUGGCAUUACAAGACCAAAUAUUCUAUCUCUUUUUAGAUCAAAUUAUCAAAGAUCACACAUUACAAGGUACUUUCCGUGGUCGAUAUGAACGCGCACUUUUUAUUCCUUAUAUAUAUCGUGAUACUCAGUUAGAUAUGAUUCACUCCUUGUUGAAGGCAGGGUAUUAUAUUGAAUACAGCACUAUUGAACAACUCUAUUCUUAUGCCUCUCCCAAAGACUUGCUUUUGAAACUGGAUCCUGAUAUCAUUCUAUUGGAUUCUUGUGCUGUCACUCCUGCAAUUAUCUCCUCCUUUCAAGCUACCCUUCUUUCAUCGAAUCUUACUUGGUUAGAUGCCUCUAAACACCUUCCUUCUGUCAUGUCUUUAUCUGAUAUCGUCACUCUUGUAGAAAUGAUAUUGGCUUCUUUGAACAACAACAAUAACAAGAAAAAGAAGAAAUCUCUUUCAUAUGAUGAUAAUCAACAGCGCGAUAUUUUUAUACUUUUGGGAAAGUUUGUCACAACUCAACGAUAUUUGGAAACCAUUGUUCAGAAUGCUCAAUCUUAUCUCAAUCAACGUGCAACCAUGGAAAUGACCAAGAAUCAAAAGUUUUUACACAGUACCAGCAAAGGGAAAAGGAAGAAAGAACUGGCCCUUACUUUGACCAAUGAAGAGAUUCUAGAACACCUUGUGAACCAACAGCAGUUGGACUCUGAUUUUGCUCAAUUAGUCACUAUGAAAAUCAAACGACCAAUGAUUGAAGAGCUUAACCGUGCUACGGAAAGUAUCUAUGUUCGUCCCUCUCUUAUAUCGAACGAUGAUGACAAUGGAUCAUGGGUUGAACUGCAAUUACAACAUCUUCUUUCAUUUGGACAACAACUUGGUAAACUUUUGUACUAUAAUAUCCGAGCAGUGACUCUCUUUGAAGAUGAUUCUUCGAAGAAAAGUAUGAGAAAACAUUUGGUGCGUCAACUAUGUUUGGAUUUUAUGUUUUACUUGAUGUUGAUCAUCGCUUUAUGGCAAUCAAAAGAUCAACACGAUAUGACAACAACAACAGGUUUACGAUCUGAUGAUAUCGAACAUCCAGACCAGGUCGGCGAAACUCAAAAGAAGCAAGUUAUUGCUGCUCUAGUGUCAAGCGAUUCGACUUUUCAGGAUGAACUCUUACCUUUAUAUCAAGCACUUCAAAGUGGCAAGAGAAUUGAUGAAUUCAAACGGUUUCUAUCGUCAUCAUCAUCACCACUGCGAAGCCGACUCAAUAUGGAAAACAUGCAAAGCGAAUCUAGUCAAAGACAAGCCAAUGAUCAUUUCCGAAAAACGAUAUACCAACAAUUGGAAUCCACGCCAGUAUCACCAACCACCUCGGCUUCUCUCUUACAUUUGACAAGUUUGGCUUGUUUUCAAACAGUUCAUCAGCUACCACUCAGCGUUUCUGGAAAAUUUGUCCCGAUCAUUCUUAAACAUAUCUCCAUUCUUGUGAACUCUACUGAUCUUAACAGCGAUAUCAGUCAUUCAACUGCUUUUGCCGGUCUUACUGUCGAUGGGAAACAACUUUUACAACUAUUAGAAACAGCUCAAACCAUGAUUCUAUCAAGUCUAAGCACUACUAAUCAAUCACCAACACCGUUGAUCGACCUAGAUCUCAUGCGACAAAUACGUCAAUUCGGUUUGGAUUUGUCUCGACCUACUUCUGUAUAGUACCCAUAUUUUAGAUGUAUUUUAGUUAAUUAGCAUUUGUAUAUUAUGAAUAAAGAAUUAAAAAGAAAAUGGAUGUAUUGUUGUUUAC